ACACCCCACCCCAUUUUGGAAUAAGAAUCACUUGUCACGUAUCCACCCUAUUGAUAAAGAAGAGGACUUCAUGAUGAACCGUGAGUGGAGCGUAUACAUGUAAAUGCCAUGAUGCCCAAAGCCAACAUCGACCGGUAUGAUCGCAUGACGCUACACAUGAUGAAUAAACGGUUUCUUUCCGCACCGCAGGCACCAGCUGGUGAUAGGGUGUGCAGCCGGCCGGUCAGGGGUCAUGCCGAUACUCAGCUCACGCCUUGUCACUGUUCUCCUUCCAGUUCCACUUGUACCUACGAAGUGGUUGGACCACUGUGAAAGGUAUCUUGACUGUGAAGGUCCACUUGCUACGAACAUAGAGCUAGGAGUGUUCGUACCUUCCCGGCUGAACGUCUUGUCUUUCUCAUAUCAUGCAGAUCGCCUUGAAAUGCACCACUAUCAUCUUUUUCGUGCUUUUAGCCGCAGCAAUAGCACAAGAUCAUGAUGUUCGCCUAUCGAAUGUCGGCGGCAAACAGGGCCGAGUCGAGGUCCUGAACAACGGCCAAUGGGGCGCUGUCUGCAGCGAUGGUUGGGGCUUCUUUGACGCCUUGGUGGUGUGCAAACAACUCGGCUUCCCAUGGCUUGCCAAGUACGGAUGGGAACAUGAUGCAGGAAAUGGGACGGGACCGGUCUGGCUGAGUAACGUAAGGUGUAAGGGGUCGGAGACCAGACUGGACGAGUGCGCAAAUGACGGAUGGAUGGAGCACCAGUGUGCGGAUGCCAGUCAUGCUGCUGCAGUGAAGUGCUUGGACCAGGACGAAUUUAUAGAUCCUCGUGCCAAGGAAAAUUUCUACGUGUAUCUCGGCGGCGGCAGUGCACGGUCAGCUGGUGGAGAGGGACGAGUACUGCUCAAACUUUAUACCGUCAGUUAUGACAAUCAUCGUUUCAUGGUGUGUGACCAGGGUUGGGAUAUCGCCGACGCUGAUGUCAUCUGCCGCCAGGCUGGCUACCACUCGGCACACCGCGCCACCACCGGUUCUUACUUCGAGAGACACGACACCACGACACGGCACAACCGUAACGAAGAAUCCUACCUGGCCACUGAUUUCGCCUGCACCGGUAAUGAGAGCCAUAUCCUUCAGUGUCCCGCCAAGGCUUGGUUCCGGGAUGAAUGCCCUACUGGGCAGCAGGCUGGAGCCGUCUGCAAUUUAAUUAAAGAGCCCGACGAUUUUAAGGUACGGCUAGUGAAUGGUGCCAAUCAGAACGAAGGCCGACUCGAAGUCCACCUCAACGGGACAUGGGGGAGUGUCUGUCAAGAAAAGGAUAACUACGAGUUCGCCUACCAAGGGAGUAAUGUGAUAUGCCAGGAACUGGGGCUUGGCUACGGUCUUGACACACCCUCCGACGGCCGCUUCGGCCGGGGUUCCGGACCCGUAAUGAUGGGCGGCUACAUCAGUUGUACCGGGGGCGAGUCGUCGCUUGCACAGUGUUACACCAGGCACAAUGAGCCAAAUCAGGACUGCUUGAGCGAGUCGGACACUUACGAAGUGAACGUCAUUUGCAGCGGUCCAAUUCCAGAGUCCCGCUACCCUGUGAGACUUUUAAGUUAUUCGGCGAAGGAGACUGGCAUUGUGUUAAUCUAUCGCGACGGUCGCUGGGGAGCCGUUUGUUCAGAGGGCUGGACUGAGACAAACUCUCAGGUCGUCUGCAGAGAGCUUGGAUUCGGACCGCCGUUAUCGACAGUAACCUAUAUGGGUAGUGGACCGAUGUUUCUAAGUGGUGUGUCUUGUAAGGGAGACGAGGAGACCUUGGACCAGUGCGAUCGGGGAGAAUGGUACCAACACGACUGCACUAAUUCAAUGAACGUUCUCCUUACGUGCACUGCAGAUGGAGCUAGCUCCGUACUUUCUUCUGCGCUCCUCCUGCUUGCCAGCUGGUUUGUAUUAACUUGCUUGAUUUAGGCACGUAAAUGCUGUGGACAAAAUACGUCAGCGAAGGGCAAAACUCAAUCUUGAAUGUUGCAAAGGUUCGAAAGGAAGUCCUGAAGAUUGAGAAUUCACUCUAUUGCAGUAGAAUUUCUCUCACACCAACUGAAACUUGGGAUCAGAUGUUUUAAAUGUAUUCAGUGGAAUAUAUUGAGUUUUCACUCCAAUUUCCACUGGAAUGACUGCGUUAUUUUAAUCUCAAAUUUCGAUCUAAGAUUUAAGAGAUUUUUACCCUAAGUUGUCUGGUGCCUAGGCUUCCAAUCUUUUAAAAUUUAGCCUAGGGACUAUUACGCACCAAAUACCGUAAUUAGAUAUGUACUAAUAUGGCUGAGUCAGAACUAAUGUAAUGCAGCUGUGGGAAUUGUACAUGAUCAUUAAAGCAAUAUCAUUUUUUUUUACAUUAAGUAAUGUCAUAUUCAACCAUAAGUAAUCAGAACUAGUCUAGUCUUCAAUUUCACGCAGGGAUUCUUGUGUGUGUAUUUGUUUUAAUUGUGUAAAUGGAUGUAGUCCAGUAUUAUGUAGGCUCACAUCAAGUAUUCAAAUAGCACGUGAACUCCCUCUUGAAGGUUUUGUUUUGUCUCUGUUGGUCUGUUUCUGACCUCAUUGGUGUAGGGGCAUGGCCGUGGGGUGAUCGCGGGGACAAUCUCGGGGAUUGGCGGGAAGGGUUCAUGGUCUGAAAGGGGCACUGUGACUCAGGGAACUCAUUCUCUGGAGGAGAGGCACACAGAGGGUUUGUAGAUUUAGUUUCAAUAAUGCGCAGCUAUUUUGCCUUGUCCACACAGAAAACACAAAGUCAGUAACCUGACUCAUUAUCGUAAUAAAUGAGUCAUUUUGUCCGUGUAGUGACACACUUUGAGCCAAAGUGUCACUA